CCUCAAGCUCGAGCCUUCCGCCGGAGCAGCAGGGCGGCUGAGCGUCCCGCGCUACACGCAGAUCCUUGCGUUCAGCUGCACGUUGGCUGAAAGGCCGUCGAGCGUUGCGCCGAGCCUCUGGGCUUGCUCAGCUCGUCGGGCUCGAAGACUCGAAAGGCCGGCUGCCGCUGCGUUCGCGGACAUCUCUAUUGCUGCUUGCACGUUGACGAGCACAAGCAAGCAGGCACUAACAUGUCCGCCCGUCCACGCCAGCUCGGCUUCGGCCUCGACGCCGACUCCAGCUCUGCGUCUCUCCCGGGCACGCGCUCCAUCCUCGAGCCCGGCGCCGUCGCCUCUGGCUCUCGCAUUUCCGCCGCUCCUCUCUCGCUCGAGCGGUCCGGGCCGCCAAGCGACGAAGAGCGGGCAUACAGCUACGAAGACGAAGAAGAGGAGAGCGAAGAGGAACCUCCUCGAGCCUACCAGUACGAAGAGGAGGAGAGCGACGAGGCGCCGUCUCCCAAGCGCGUUGCAUCUCCACCUGCGCCUGCACCGCCCAGCGACGACGAGAGCGAGUCAGCUCCAUCUCCGCCUGCUCCACCGAGCGACGACGAGAGUGAGCACUCGUCUCCUGCUGCUGCACCACCCGACGGCGAGAGCGACAGCGCCUCGUCUCCGCCAGCACCACCAAGCGACGACGAAAGCGAGACUGCGUCGUCUCCGGCCGCACCGCCGCCCGACGACGACGAGAGCGAGGCCGCUUCGUCUCCACCGCCAGCUGCGUCGCCAGCUGCGUCACCUGCACGGCCUCUCGACGAAGAAGAGAGCGACGAGGAGCAAGCUCAGCUAUUCGACGACGACGAGAGUGACGCGGCUUCAUCUCCGCUGCAAGCCCCGUCUCCGCCUGCGCCAGCUCUCGACGACAAGAGCGACUCGGCUCCUUCGCCGCCUACAGCCCCUCUCGACCACGAGAGCGAUUCGGCUCCGUCUCCAGAGCAAGCAGCUUCUCCAAUUGCGUCCUCUCCACGAAGCGCUGCAGCUUCACUGCCAUCGCAGCCCGACGCAGAUCUCAGCGCACCGCUUCCACAGCAGCAAGCCGGGGUUGAGCAGCACGCCGAAUCUCCGCUGCAAACUGCUUCUCCCGCCGCGCCAUCUUCGCAGAGCGCCUCUCCACACAGCGCAUCUCCGCAGAGCGUCGCAGCGCCUUUCCCGUCACGGCUCGACGCGCACUCCAGCUUGCCGCCUCCAGAGCCGCAACCUGAGUCUCUGCUGCCCGCACCGAGCAGCGAACAUACCUCUCCAGCUGCUCUACUAGAGCCAGUCUCACCAGCCGAGGAGACCAAAGCCGAUCGCUCGCAGACGAGCUUGGAGAGCGAGCCUCCAUCGCCACUGCUCGAGCCCGCUUCGUCCGUCCUUGCGUCGACGUCUGUUCCCGUCGUCGCUUCUCCCGUACUCGAACUUGCUGCAUCUCCAGUCCUCGAGGCCGCUUCUCCGGUCCCCGAGCUCGCUUCGCCAGGUCUCGAGCCUGCUCUUGAGGACUCUGGGUCUGCGCAUUCGCCAGACCUCGCGUCUGCUGUCGUCGACCCUGCUCAGUCGCCAGUUCUCGAGCCCGCUUCUCCCGUCUUCGACGCGCAGCUCUCGGCCAGCGCGUCGCCCAGCGCAUCUUCUCCACCCGCUCCACCGUCAGACCUGUCCGAGGCCAGCUCGCCUCACUUCCUCGACGCGCAACUUCCCGAAGCCGCAUCGUCCCACGCAUCUCCGCUUGCACAGCCAUCAGAUCUACCCGAACAAGCCACAUCGUCAUCCGCCUCGUCCGACAGCGACAUGCCCUCGCUCAUCCGCACGUUGGGCCGACGCCAGUCCCGCAGCGACGACGGCGAGGAGGACGGCGCAUUCAUCUCUGGCGGCGCUCUUCGGCGACAGAUUGCCCUGCCGUUCGUCACUUCGCGCGGCGGCGGCGGAGGAGGCAGUCGUCGCGUCAAGCCGCCCGUGCUGGAGGAGGACACCGGCCGCGCCGGCCGUGAUGCGCAGACGCGCUCGCUGCUGAUCGAGGAGCCGCUCUGGCCCAUUGGUGAUGCAGGCGAGUACUCGCUGGGUCGGAGUCUCAACUCGACUGCUGGGCCGUCCAAGAUGCGCCUGGCCAGUGGCCUGCCUGCGGAGCCAGUCGAGGAGUACGACAUCUUCGGCGGCAGGGUCGCGACGGGCGGUCAUCUGGACGACGAGUACGGCUAUGAGGAUGAGGAGGCGCCGCGGCGGUACUCCGACGAACAAGAGGAAGACGCAGCGUACGAUGCCCAGCCGCCGCCCUUGCCGUCGAAGGCAUCGGCCUCGCCCGAGAGCCUCGACCGCAGCGACGAAGACGACGAGUCGGCCGAGGAGGAAGUGCAGGCGCACGAAGCCGCCAAGACGCCACCUUUCCAGAUGCGCCGUCAUCCGUCGUCGGAGCUGCACGACAUUGCAGAGGAGCCCGAGACGCCUGCGAGCAACACUCCGUUGCCGGACAGCGACGACAGCGAGGAGGAGGAGGAGGAAGAAGAAGAAGAGGAGGAGGAUGAGCUCGAGCAGACGGUCCUGCCGGCAGCGACUGCCUCUGCCCCGCCAGCAAUGCCGGUGUCCGAGCGCCUCAUCGACUCAAUUGCCAGCCAGCACGGUUGGGCAAAGGAGCCCGCGUCCGCGCCAGAGCCCUCGCUCGUUGCGCCGUCAGCCUCGAGCAUCAGAUUGCCGGCGGCCGUGCCGCGUAUCGCCGUUCCGUCCAUCAUUCGCGAGGCGCAGCCAGCCGCCAAGCCGGCACCAGCGCAGCUCUCGAAUGCGCGACCCUCGCCGCCGGCCGCACGCGCUCUCGCCAAGGCUGAGAGCGAGUCAGAGGACGAGGAGUGGGAAAGCGACGAUGGAGCAGAAGAGGAGGAUGGUCUGUCUGACAUCGGUGCGGCCCUGACGACGCUCGACGCCGCGAACCGCGACAGCGCAGCAUCACCGGAGCCCGAGGAGGAGUUCGAUGCAGGCUCCGCGCUCGACGACGGCAGCUGGGAGACGGACGACGAGCAGCAGCAGCAGCAGCAAGCGCUUCCCGCAGGCGAGACUGAGAGCGGGCUUGCCGUCGCGAAGCGUAUGCCGAUCCACCGUGUGCGCGCCGUGCGCGUUGGAGGCAAGCAGCCGCAGCGCAGCAGCCGCAAGUCUUCGUCUCGCAGCAGGUCCUCGUCGGAAGCUAGUGCCUCGGUCAAGUCGGCCUUGUCCGCGCCCGAGGUGCCGGUGAAGGAGCCUCUGUCUCUCGCGAUCCCUGCGGCUGCCGUGCCGUCGAGCACAUCUCCGAUCCGGUCUCCGGAGAGCUACAAGAGCAGCAGCUCGAUGGAAUAUGCAUCCGCCUCACCGCAGUCGCCGAAGUCGCUGCCCAGCCGCAACUUCGCCAGUGCGCCGUCACCUGCGAUCGCAGCGUUUGCGACCUCGCAGCAGCCAGCGAAGGCUCAGGCCGACGCAAGAGAGGUGCUUCCGGCGGCGAAGUCACAUCGCGACGAGGCUCGCGCUGGCUCGUCGCCCGAGCCAGACUUCCCUGGUGGCUUCGACGCACAGCCCGCACGCGUCAGAGCUUCUUCGAAGAAGGCGUCGACGUCCACGGGACCGAGGGCAUGGCCCAUGCCGCCCUUCUUGGGCUCACGAGCAGCUGGCAAGAAGAACGAUGCAGCAGCUCCUCCGCCUGUGCCGGCGAAGGAGCCCAGCAGCUUGCCCGCGCCAGCACCCGCGACAUCUCUGGCCAUUUCCGGCGCUGCACCUCGCGACAUCGAGGCUGCAGGAUGGAGCACUGCCCGACGUGUCUCGGACUCGUCUGCUUCCAGCCACGAGUACCACGACCUGCCAAGCCCGGCAGACGACCCGAAGCCGUCGCCUCUGGCCAUCGCUGUCCCGGCUGCAGCCGUGAGCACCUCGAACCUCUCGGGCUCAAUCUCGCCUCUGUACGCUAGCUUCGGACCGUCGUCUCCGAUCCUCGUCCUGCAGCCUCCGACGUCUCAGCAGAGCACCGCCGCAGCGGGCGAGUCGAGCACUGCGGAUGUGACGCCGUCGAUGGCACUCAAGGCCGCGGCCAUGGCCGGCUGGACGUCCGAGCCUGAAGAGCCGGCCAGAGAUUUGGCUGCCCAGCGCUCGCAAGCCGCCGCGCAGGAGAACACGCUCAUCCCACGGCGAUCUGAGGCUCGUCCGCGCACCGACGCUCUUGCGGGGCGGUCUAACGCUGCCAGAGAGCGCACGGCCGAGAGCGCAGAACGUGCACGCGAGCUCGUGCGCUCGGCAGCGAGCAGGAGCGCCGCGAACAGGAGUGCCGCGGCCGGCCAGCUCUUUUCUGCCGGGCCUGCGCUUCAGAACGACAAGCCAGUCGAAGAGCUCGCCGGAGAGCAGAUCAGCUUCGAGUCUGCUCCGGUCAUCGCGCACGAUCUGGCGUCCUCUCUGGUCAUGCCAAGAACGCCCGAGCCCGAGCACGGCACGGUCGCAUCUGCCGGCACAGCUGCUGCUACCCCGUCCGCGGCACGAACACGCGACGCCAGCGGAGCCUCGCACCUCACUCCGCCUGUGGCGAGUGAUUACGGUCCGAAGAGCGCACGACGCAUGUCAAACGGCAGUGCUUCGUCGCCGCGGCCGCCGCGGCCACCUCGGAGCGCAUCUCGCGAGACUAGACUCAGUCAAGCCUCUGGCAGCGCAUUCGAUGACGAUGCAGAAGAUUCGCAGCGUCGAGCGACUCUGUCGCCCACGCGACGCGUGCGGCAGCAGGGGCAGCAAGAGCAGACAUCGCUUGACGGCUCAACAUCGAGCGCAAGCUAUCGUCUUGCGCCUGCACGAGAGCAAGACGAGCACGAAGUCGAGGAGCACUAUCGCAGCGAGCCGCUCUUCCAGAGCCAGGACUCUCGCGUCGAGCAGGUCUUCACGAGCAUCGAGCAGGACGGCGUGGCCUCCGACGCGCCAAUGGAGGCUGCGCGAGAGAGCCUGUCAGACCUCGAGGUCGAAGAACGCCGCCCAAGGCCCUCGCUGCCCUCGCUGAGCCUGAAGAAAGUCAAGGGCCUCGGCAGUCUCUCGCUCGGCCGCAAGAGCGCCAAGACAUCGCCUCCCGAACCUGCGAGGCCUGCGAAGGGCCGCACCGCUCCUGUGCGAGGCGACAAUGCCUUCGAUGUGGCCAGUCUCGAUGGCCAGAGCACCGCCAGCCUCAGCCCAAAGCAGGAAGAGCCCGAUGCGGAACGCGGCAGCCUCCGCGGCAGCACCAAGGGCUCGGUCCGUGGGUCGAUGCGCGGCUCGGCGCGGCGGUCUCGUGCGAGGCGCGGCGACAGCAUGUCGCUGAUCAUGGCGUCGGCGCUCGAGGCACAGCGUCAAGUCGGCUCGCACUACGAGUCGCAGUCCAUCGACGACGGCGUCGGAGGCCAGAGCGGUGAUGCAAGAUCGACGCAAGACGAGACUGCCUCGCUGAGCUCGCGCAUGCGAGCGAGCAAGUCUGCGCCCUCGAUCCGGACGAAGGACUCCUCGCGCUCCAUCUCUGCUGAGAAUGGCGCCUCGAGCGGUCGCACGCCAGCUACGCCCGAGGCUGAGACGUCGGCGCCGACGAGCGUCAACAGCAUCUCGCUGUCGUCGCCCAGCAAUGUGCUGUCUCGUCUGCCGCCGCUGGAAGACCACAACGACGAGGAGCUCGACUCACUGCCGCCGGUCGAGAAGUACGUGGCCCUGGCCGGUGUCCUGGCCGAGAUGCUCGAGCCAGGCGGCAAGGCGAGAGUGCAAACGCUUGCCAACGAAGGCGUCCGGCUGCAGCGGGAGCAGCGUGCGCGCGAGCUCGAGGUUGAGCGGCUCGAGGAGUGCAUUGCGGCACUGAUCCCGGACGACCUCGAUCGCGAGGCCAUCCGCGACCUGCACGUUGCGUUCUCGACGAAGGUGCCGCGCGACUACUCGAAGCGCAGCAUCAGCACGUCGACCGUCGACAAGGAGCGCAUCGCCGAGCUGGAGGACAAGCUCUCAACAAUGGAAGACAGCGUCACAUCGCAGAAGACGCGUCUUCACGAGCUGGCGGGAGUGCGCCCGCGUCUGGCGACACAGCUCGAGCUCGAGCGCCAGCGCUUCGAGAAGAUGCGCCGCGUCGAGAACACGCUGCGUCGCCUCCGGCCCGAGGUCUUCCAGACGCUCGGCGCCGAGGCGAGCAGCAGCACGGCAGAUGGGGAGGCCGACGAGGGCCUCACUAAGACCUCCGGCGCUGCCACGCUCUCCGGCGACGUGUCGGACACCGGCGCCCGGGGCGAAAAGUCGCUCGAGUUCUACGGCGAGGAGAGCGAGCAUGCUCUUGGCCUGCGCACCGCCGUCGCGGCGCAGCGCGAGGCGAUGGAUGUGCUCAAGAAGCACGAGCAGCGCUGCUACAGUCUGCUGCUGCUGGGCGAGACGGCGCUGCGCAACCUCGUCGCCGACGUCAUCGACAUCGCUCUGAUCCUCGACAGCUCGAGCGUGCGGCCCGAUGACGAAGAGGCGCGCGCGAACCAGCGGCGCCUCCGUUUCUCGCGGUCUGCUCGCUCGGCAGAUGAGCGAGCCAUUGCCGACGCAGGUCGCGCGGAGCUCGACGGCAACGGCGAGGACAUCACCGACGACUUUGAGCGUGUGUGCUUCCUGCGGCGCAAGGUCGAGAGCCGCAUUCUCGAGCUCGAGGACCUGCUGCGCAAGGUCUCGGACUACUACGCCAAGGCCAUGGACACCGAGCUCGCCCGCCGCGCGCUGCCCGGCAGCAGCACAAAGGUGCGCGCGCCGCCGUCCGCUUGGCGCGGUCGAGACACCAGCGCCUACUUCUCGUCCAACGGCUCGCAGGACUCGCUCGCCUCGGCUCGCCAGGCGGACUCCAGUUCAGCAGACGCGCCGCUCUCGCCUCUCGUCGACGAGACCAAGGACUCCGCCUUCGCAACGGCGCCCAACUCGCCGAGCCAGGAAGAGGCACCAGUCCUGGCCACGGCUCCUCCCGAGGCGGUGCCGCAGGCCAUCGCCCUGAUGCUGCGCCUGCUCUCGACGCUGCGCAUCCUCUCCGUGCCGCACACGACGCCGCAGCAGCUGCGCCGGUCCGCCUUCCGCCUCAGCCAGUGGUCGCAGCGCGCCCACGCCACGCUGCCGCAGCUCGAGGACGCGCGCGAGGCGCUCGACCUCGUCAUCGUACACGCCGAAGAGACGAGCGAGAAGCUCGCCGAGGCGUGCGUGCGCCGCAUGAAGGUUGCUGAUGCGCAGCGCCGGGCCUUCUGGACGGCCAGCGCGCAGGCGGCGCUGACGAGCCUGAUCCUCGGCUGAGCGCGAGGCCCUUCUCCCGCAUACCCCCACACUCUCUGUCUGUGUCGCUUCGGCGCGCGCAAUACCACCCUCGUUCACAAAAUCUGAGCCAGACGCGAGGGCACGAGAGAAGGAGCGAGCAGUGGCAAGGCAGAAGCGGCGGGAGCAGCCAGGCGAGUAAGGGUCCGAGUCAGGCGCGAGAAGCGAGGCAAGACCAGGCGCGAGAGUGAGGCAAG